CUCUCCUCUACCCUGGGCUGUAUUUCUGUGUGUAUUCAGUGUGAGUGUACAGUCAGUGAGGAGAGAGAUCAUCUGAGCUUCUGAUUUACUCACAAUUCACCAUGAAGAUACUGCUGACCUUCUUCACACUCAUGUGUGUGACGGACACUGGAGCAGGGGAUAAACACCAACAUCUGCUGUUAACCGACUGUUCAGACUCGGAUCAGGAGUUUAUGUUAGGGAGCGAUGGAGAGGAGAUGUUUUAUGCAGAUUUUAAUAAGAAGAAGGUAGUGAGUAUGCUGCCUCCGUUCGCUGAUCCCGGUGAAUUCGCCGCAGGAUACGAAGGCGCCGAGGGUAAUAUGGAGAACUGUAAACAGAACUUACAGGUGAUAACAGGAGACUUUAAAGACAAGCCGGUGCCACAGGAUGCCCCACAAAGCUCCAUCUACCCCAAACAGAAAAUACAGCUGGGUUCAGAGAACACACUCAUCUGUCACUUCACUCGGUUCUUCCCUCCACACGUUACUGUGCGCUGGACCAAGAACACCGUGGACGUGACGGACAAAUCCACACUCAGUCAGUACUACCCAAACAAGGACGACACCUACAACCAGUUCUCCCACCUGCCCUUCACCCCACAGGAAGGAGACGUUUACACCUGUACAGUGGAGCACAAGGCCCUGGGCACACCUGAUACCAGGACAUGGGAGGUGGAUGUUGAACUUCCCAGUGUGGGUCCGUCUGUGUUUUGUGGAGUUGGUCUGGCUGUAGGACUGCUCGGAGUCGCUACUGGAACUUUCUUCCUCGUUAAAGGAAACCAGUGUAACUGAACCUUCAGGCAGAAGUGAAGAGUUCAGAAUCAAUUUAGGUUAUCAAGAAGAUUUUUCACCAAAGAAACUGUACAUGUACUCUUUUUUAAAAGAUUUAAAAAGUGUUUAUCUGUUCUAUUUUACAUUUACUUUCCAUUUAAUUCUCUGCACAAAUCAAUUAAAAUAUUUUUCUUUUACAAAAUAAACUUUAACUGAACAUUCAGAUGAUUUCUUCCACACAGAGGCUACAUUCAGUAAAUAAUUGCACCCAGUAGAGAAUCUCUGUAUUAGUCAGGUUUCAACAACACUUGUGAUGACAUGUACAACACACAAUACAUGUAAUUUUUAGUUUUUUAGACGUGAUCAUGUGAAUAAUGUGAUAACACAAAGCAGAAGCAGGUCCAUUUCACUUUAUGUCCUUAAAUUGCACAUCUGAAAAAGUGAAAAAAGGAUGAUCAUAUUUAUAAAAACAAAACAACAUUAAGGGGAGAAAAAUAUACCUGAAAAGUAAAAAAUCUGAAUGUGAAAAUAAAUGAAUUGAUAAAAAAUAAAUGUGUGAAUCAUAAAACUGUCAAUUUUCCAUGUGCUUCUUCACACGAAGUUACUAUUAACUCACUCAUAUUUAUUUUUGAUUGAAAUGGUGACUGAUUUUAAUUUUUUUGUAAAUAUGUAUAAGGCCUAAAGCUAAUCAUGUAAAUACCUUUUGUUAUUAAACAAAAAGAACAAUCA